ACACAGGAAGGAGCUAAUCCACAUCAGGAAAUGAGUUUGCCUGCAGGGUGUGGAGUCCCAGGGAGAAUUAUUUUCAUUUUCACUUCAACUUUCAAACCCAAAAGCUCUCGGAAUCUCUCUGGCUGGGGGGAGGGGGAAAAAAAAAAAAGAACCUUUUUCCCCCCCAGGACCAAAUCCAGAGGAAUUUCUUUUUUUUAAAAAAAAUAAAAAUCGAACUGUUUGGGAUGCCGCGCAGUGAAUCGAAAAUGUUGCAAGUUUACUUGGUGCGGAUCCAAAGCAAACUUCAGAAAGACUCGAUCCUUAUGGCUUCGUCUCUCUCUCUGGGAUCGCUGUAAUCGGUUGGAAAAUGUCCCUGGUGCUUCACGUUGCCUUGGUGAUCCACUUGCUGUUCCUUCGGGGUGCCUUUUCCUGUGAGUCGUGGGAAUACUCCAUCCGAGGGGAGUGCUGUCCCAAGUGUAGUGAAGGACAGCGCGUUUUAAGGCAUUGCACCAGCGCUACCAAUACCGUCUGUGUUUCUUGUGAGCCCGGAUGGUUUACAGAGCACCCAAAUGGAUUGACAAUGUGUUUGAAGUGCCGAGAAUGUUCUCCAGGAAAUCACAUGAAAGUCAAGGAGCGAUGCCACUACACGAAGGACACGAAAUGCACUUGCCAGCCGGGUUUUUUCUGUGCCCACCAACUGGAGGUGGAUUCCUGCGAGGUUUGCAAGAGGCAUGCAAUCUCCCCUCCUGGUUUUAGGGUCACGCGAGCUGGCACUGAAAUUAACGAUGUGGAAUUUGAAUCCUGUCCUCUGGGAACAUUUUCGUUGAAAGAAAUGUCCCCUUCUUGCAUCAAAUGGACCAAUUGCAGUGAGAAAGGCUUGAUCCAAGCAGAAGAAGGCAAUGCAACCUCUGAUGUGGUGUGUGGGCCACAACCACCAACGAAUCUUGGGCCCAUCUUAGUUCCCGUCUUCAUUUUGCUGAUACUCUUCACCCUGCUCAUAGGCUUCAUAGUUUGGAAAAAGAAAAAAUGCCCGAUGAAUGCCUUCGGCAAAAAUAAGGCAGAAGAGGAGCCGUAUUACCCGGGGCCGGAGAAGGAAUGCAUGGUAAAACCCAUACAGGAAACUAACCCGACUCUUGGACAGCCGAGUUACGCAAAUUGAUGAGAGGCGACAAGGUUUGCAACACUACCCACUUGUGUGUUUAUGGUGGGGGAAAAAAAAAGUCUCCAAGGACACGGACUUUAGUGGAUCCCAUUGGGAUCUGUUGGAAAGGAUCCUUGUUUCCAGUGGACCAAGAUGAAACACGUGUGGAUCUAAAGAUAGGAUCAUUUCUCUUCCCAAGGAAGGGAAAUACUGAAGAAGAACACUACAAAAA